AUGUGGUGCACCUUCAUCGUUGCGGCUGUUAUAGUCGUCCUUAAUACUGGUGUCAAUGCAAAGCCUCCAUCGAAAAUCUUGGACGGAAGUGGAACGGAUAUCAAAGACGCUCCAUUCACGGUGAUGCUUCUUGAUGAUGCAAACUUAGAGUCACCCGCUGGAAUAACUUGCGGUGGUACGAUCAUUGGAAAAAAACAUAUUCUCACCGCAGCCCACUGUCUUGGAUAUCGUUUAGAAGAUGAUGAGGUAAACCAUGAUUACAAAUGGCUGCGGGUUGUGGCGGGUGUAAGCUCCCACCAGUGUGGUGGUAAAAUAUAUGAGAUAUCGAAGGCUUAUAUUCAUCCUGACUACAGUGGCAUUCUGUACAAUGAAAACGAUGUCCGUGCGGAUAUAGCAGUUCUGGAGCUCAAGGACAGGAUAAUCUUCAGUCCAAAGCGGAAACCAAUUCGACUAGGAAGUGACCCGCCACCGUCCCAUUCUCAAGGUAUCAUCUUCGGAUGGGGUGAUACACAUCCUUCGAGAUUAUCGGCCCCUAGUAUUCUGCAAAAAUCGGUUCAAACUGUUUAUCAAUACGAUGCUUGUAAGGUUAUUGAACCGGAUUUGGGGUAUCGUAAGGAUGAGUUAUGUAUAUCCGCCAGUUUUGGAAAUUCAUUCUGCAGAGGGGAUAGCGGUGGUCCUCUGAUAGUGCAGAGAAAACUUGUUGGUGUGAUAUCCAAUGGUUAUGAGUGCGGAAACGUUGAACCGGGUGCGGUAUCUAGUGUUGCGUAUUACAAGGCCUGGAUCGAAGAUGCCGUCAGGGGAACAGCAGAAUCCAAAAUACUUCCAUUUGUAAUAAAUGAUCCCCAGAGCUCCGAUAGCGACGAUGAGUGA